AUGGUGGUGGACCCGUGCAGCGGCAGGGAUAGGCCUGCGGCUGCAAGGAAGCGGCUCAGCUCUUCGGUGGCAUCAGAAGCUGCCGACUCCGAGUCUGACGUUAGGUCAGAUGACUCGGAUGCCUUUGUACCUGCUAAGCAUCGGCGGUCAAGACGGAAGUCUACGACAUCGUCCUCAAGUGAAGAGACUGUCAUAUACAACACCAUUGUGACUACGACAGUAGCGUAUGUGCCAGUCGACGUCACGAGAGCUCUGGAUGCAACUUCAGAAUACUUGGUGGAAGUUGGCCUGCACAUUUCACCUGCGAAAUCAGCCGCGAUUGCUUACCACCCUAGGCAACGCGCUCGUCGAAGCAUGAGCAGGCUACACCUUCAAGACACACCGAUACAAUGGGUACAGCAACACCGCUACCUGGGCGUAAUCAUCGAUGAUCGUCUUUCUUGGCGCCCUGCUGUUGCCUCUGUGCGGCGCAAAUCGCUGUCCCUGUUCAAGUAUGUGGCCGCCUUGACUGCUAGGGGCGAUGGCAUUGACCAGACGACAGCGCUACAGGUGUACCAAUCAUCUGUACUCUCUUGCGUGAUGUAUGCCUUGCCAGUCUUGAAUGUUGCGCCUGGUUUAAUGUCUCAACUGGAACGGGAUCAUCGUGUUGCCCUCCGAGUCAUGCUUGGCUUACCUCGAGAGGCCCAAUCUAUUCCAUUACUCACUGAAGCACACCAGUUGCCCCUAAGGCUACAAGCUGACCAGAGAGCGUUACAUCAUAUCGAGCGCAUGCACCGCGCCCCAGAUGGCAAAGCACUCGUUAAUAGGCUGAUUCGGCGCCCGCUCUCUCGCAUGGGGAAAAUAGCGGCUUUGUUUACUGGCAUUACUGGCAAUUCGGACAAAACCACCUCUGUGACAUCAUCGAAAGGGCACAGUCAAUGCAUCUUCCCCAUUCACCUGUCAAUUCCAGGAAUACGCAAAAAGUGUGACCAACCUGUUUCGGCACUAUUCCAAUUAGCCCAGUCACACUUAUUUGAAGAAUUUGGAGAUUACGUUAAAGUAUUUACGGACGCAUCUGUACACAGCGACGGCCUCGGCGCUUCUGCAGCUUUCUUUUGUCCUUCGACAGACAUCAGACGAGUGUUUAAAAUACCUCACCCGUCAUCAUCAGUGACUGCGGAACUCGCAGCGAUUGACGUCGCCCUUAAGUACGUGCAAGAAGGACUGCCUACAUCGAAAGUCGUCAUCCUUACAGACUCUCGUGGUGCCCUCAGCAGACUCACCGGAAAAGAGGCCCAGUGGAUACCUUCACACGUGGGCAUUGCUGGAAAUGAAGAGGCUGAUCGC